AUGGUCAUCUCCAACCCAGAGGUUGUGGGCAAGGAGGAAAGGAAGAAAGCUAAGGAGGAAGAAGAGGAGGAAAAGAAGAAAGCGAAGGAGGAGGAGGAGAAAAAGGAGGCAGUUCCACGGGAGAUCGCAGUGGUGGACCCGGCGGGGAACACAUAUUACCACUGGCUCCUCAUCAUCACGCUUCCCGUCAUGUACAACUGGACCUUCAUCAUCGCCAGGGCGUGCUUCGAGGAGCUUCAAAUGGACUACCUGCGGUACUGGUUCUUCUUGGACUUUCUCUGCGACUUGCUGUAUGUGGCCGACAUGAUUUUCAGAACCAGGACAGGCUAUCUGGAACAGGGUCUUCUGGUGAAGGAUGAGCAGAAGCUACGCCAGCGUUACAGAAAGAGUUUCCAGUUCCAACUCGAUGUACUCUCCAUCAUCCCCACCGAUGUUCUGUACGGCACACUGGGCUUCAACUACCCCGAGAUCCGCCUCAACAAGCUGCUGAGGUUCAACAGGAUGCUGGAAUUCUUCCAGAGAACCGAGACCAGAACCAACUACCCCAACGCGCUGCGGAUUUCCAACUUGGUCAUGUACAUCGUCAUCAUCAUCCACUGGAACGCCUGCCUCUACUAUUCUUUCUCCAAGGCCAUUGGUUUUGGCUCGGACAGGUUCGUGUAUCCUGACCCGGCCAACCCGGAGUUCGGACGCCUGGUGAGAAAAUACGCCUACAGUAUGUACUGGUCCACGCUGACGCUGACCACCAUUGGAGAGACUCCGCCCCCCGUGGAGAACUCCGAGUACUUCUUUGUGGUCACCGAUUUCCUGGUGGGCGUGCUGAUCUUUGCCACCAUCGUGGGUAAUGUGGGCUCCAUGAUUACCAACAUGAAUGCCGCCCGUGCCAGCUUUCAGGCUCGCAUCGAUGCGAUCAAGCAGUACAUGAGCUUCCGCAAGGUCACCAAGGACCUGGAGAAGCGCGUCAUAAAGUGGUUCGACUUCCUGUGGACCAACAAGAAGGCGGUGGACGAACGGGAAGUCCUCAAGUAUCUUCCGGACAAGCUGAGAGCCGAGAUUGCCAUCAACGUGCACCUGGACACACUCAAGAAGGUGCGUAUCUUUGCCGACUGCGAGGCAGGUCUGCUCGUGGAGCUGGUGCUGAAGCUGCAGCCGCAGGUCUACAGUCCCGGAGACUACAUCUGCAAAAAGGGUGACAUCGGGCGCGAGAUGUACAUCAUUAAGGAGGGCAAGCUUGCCGUGGUGGCUGACGACGGCAUCAAGCAGUUUGUGGUCCUUAGCGACGGCAGCUACUUUGGCGAGAUCAGUAUCCUGGCCAUCAAGGGCAGCAAAGCUGGAAACAGGCGAACGGCAAACAUCCGCAGCAUCGGUUACUCCGACCUCUUCUGCCUUUCCAAGGACGACCUGAUGGAGGCGCUAACCGAGUACCCUGACGCCAAGGCCUUGUUAGAGGAAAAGGGCAGACAGAUCCUGAUGAAGGAUGGCCUACUGGACCUGGAGGUGGCGGCGCAGGGCCCCGACCCCAAGGAGAUGGAAGAGAAAGUGGAGCGGAUGGCGAGCAUGCUGGAUGGCCUGCAGACACGUUACGCGCGACUGCUUGCCGAGCACGAGGCCACGCACAGCAAGCUCAAACAUCGAGUCAGCAGACUGGAGAAGAAGCUCCCAUCCCAGGCAGGCGGCGGCCCACCGCCGCCAGCUAGCGAAUGACGAACAUAGGACUUCCGGAUGUCAUGUGACUGAAUCCCCGCAGGCGUUUGGUUAUGGUGAAAUUCCUGAUUCGCCGUUGGUUUUCAUCGUUUUCUAUUCUGCCAAUAUGGCGUUGUUUACAUUUGGCACAGUGCAUUGUGGGAUGUGUGACACCAACUUCAGCAAGGCUAUGGAAGUGUGCGUUCUGUUCAUAUUCUGAACCAAGGACACAGACAUAAUGUUAAUUGCUAGACUGCAAAAUCACGGCUUAUAAAAAUGUUGGCCUCCGGGGACCGCUUAAAUAGAGACGUUGCGCUAAGAACCUCCUCAUAAUCCUAAUGCACAUUAAGCAUAUGUGCCGGAAUUAAAACAAUCAUCAAAAUUGAAAGAUCAAUUACUUUUAGACGAUCUUUAAUGUUCUCAAACUUUUGGAGUCCAGGCAGAUAAUUUUUCCCCAAGGCCGCCCUCAUUACCCUUACGUAACUGCCACGCAUCUCCAAAAUGCCAGUGGAAUAAUUUGUUCUUGGUUUCAACAUCAAUAUUUAUCAUCUGGUUCAUUGAACGGAAUUUAAUCACAUUGAACUGAAUAAAAUUUCGCACAUCCCUUGUCCCAAGCGGACGUACAUCGCUUACGCUGACUACUUGGCUGCAAACAAAGAGGACCUUGUUGACAAGUGUCACCAUUACUAACUUGGCAGUUUGGUUGCUACAUUUAGUGACUGCUUAAGCGACUAUUUCCAGACGAGCAACUUCAUUCCUGCUGAAACAGACAAUGUAUCAAGUGGGUACGAGUGGACAUAACUGACUGCGAUUUUGCACUCCUCCCCCAAAAAAAACUAAUGGCUCACAAUCCCCAGUUUGAGAACCCCUUGCAUUAAAGCACCACAGCUAAAUAGCUAAAGUUUGAUUUGUGAUAGAAACGCGCUGAUUAAAUGUUGUUUCCUGGAAUGA